AUGUGGAUUCUGAGGUAUGAAUAUGUUGCUGAAAAUGGGGCUAAGAUCAAAAUCUCUUGUUGUUUAAAGCAAGCUACUCAGUACGGCAUUGGGCGUUCCACCAAGAGCCCACUGCAUAUCAAAAAUGAUAAGAGUAUUUCUCGCCAACACGUUCAGCUAGAUGUCGACGACCAUGACGUUCUGACGGUCAAAAACAUAGGAAAGCUGACAAAAAUCAGUGGCAAAUCGGUCAAAGUGGGCCAAAGCGUUAAGUUUAGUUCGUUAGUCAAAGCCACUUUUGAGAUGGGAGCUUCACCUGUCGUGGGCUCGGUUGCUUAUGAGAAAGAACUAUGGAAAAUUCCACACGAUUUGUCUGCCUCUGACACGGUCAAGAAGCAAUUAGCACUUUAUGGUGUACUUGCUACGGACUCGCUUUCUCCUAAAACUACAAUUCAAAUCAUAAAACAUCAUCAAGAAAACUACAGUAACUGUUUGUUUGCACUGCUAAGUAACAUCCCCAUUCUGCGCGAAGGAUUCAUUGAUGAAUUCUUGAGAGUGGUAAGCACCAUUCAGAAUGAUUUUGAUUCUAAAUGGGAUGAAAUAAAAGAGCGGAAUGUGCAAUUUCCGCAGUUCAAGACUCAACAAUCUACCUUCAAGGGCCUCAACUUCCUAGUUACCAACAGGGGAGCGUUUGCAAUUUUUAAACACAUUGUCGACGCUGGAAUGGGUACUCUUUGGCUCUGUGACGAUAUCUCAAAAUUAGAUUCCUUCGUUCGACAAAAUGUGCGAUCAGAAAAGAUAAUUAUCCUAAUUCAUCUCAAUGACAGCACGUCUUCGCUACUGACGCUAGGCGAGCAUGGCAUUUCAGGCAUCAAAGAAGCCAAAGCAUUGAGAUUGGAAGCUCAGAGGCUGGGUCUCAAGACGUACGAUGUGAACGAUGUUGUUAAUGCGGUAUUGAUGAACAAUAUUUCGUCACUGCUCGAGAGAAUACCAACGCAGGACCGACCAUUAAAAAAUUUAACAAAUGCUUCGUUGCGUGAAAAAGCCCUUCAGGCCCCAGAUGUCAAUUCCCAAGUAGUCCGUUCUCCCGAAACAGAACAAUCACAUUACCCUGCAAAGCUGAAAAGGGCUAAUCGCCAACGCAUUAUGUCUCUCAAUAGCUUGUCUUUUUUUGGUGGUGGGUCCUCGCUUUCAAAGGAUGCAAAUUUGAGAGAGAAAGAUGCCGGUACGUGCGAUUCUCGACCAGCUGAAAAUGAAUUCAUCGCACACGACGUCGACGAACAGCCGCCAUUAAAGAAACCCCAUUUAGAGUCAUCGGAUCCUGUACCAAAUUCACCGACACCCUCUGACUUCAAAGACAUCAUUCCCCCUUCGAAAAGAUUGCAUGAUUCAGAUACUGCUGAUAACAUCGAAACAUCCUUAUCCGGUGUUAAACGCGCACGUUUACCUGGGAAGAAAGAAGUGUCAAAACCUCAGGGUAAUCAAGCCGCCUCUACCAGCUGUGAUGCAGCUGACAGUUCUGUAAACAUUCCAAAUGAGAAAGAAAUCAAAAAUUCAGUAUCAAUAGUCCAAAGCCCCAUGGAGAAUGAUAGCUUUCCCGUGGUCAACAACACUUUAAGAGGUGCCAAGCGCUCGGUAUCGUUUGUUCGGGCUAUCCAGGAAACGAAAUCGCAUGAGGUCGACAGACUAAAAGAAAAAAUGGCAAAUGUUCAAGGUGAGGAGCUCACUGAGGAGGCUAUAAUGCGACUUGACAAUCUUGCUAUUGUUGAGACUAAAGACCUUCUCAGAUCUAAAGAUGCAUCGAAUAACAGUUUAGACACAAGUACCAAUUCUCUUUGGGCAGGCAGGAAAAACUUCAAGAAAUUUGUCAAACUACGGCCUUCACGAUCGUCAAAAGCAAGCCCCGGCAGCGUUAGCGACUCUAUUCGAAAUAAAGCAUACUUAAUCACGAGGGAGUACGUUCCUAUGCGCCAGUACGAUGGUCGAAGAUCUGCGUCACCCGAUGAAAGCUUCUCGAAUACAGACCAACCUGCAGAGGAGGAGGUCACAGCAUUAAGUGCUGCUGAACAACUGGACGCAGAUUUUGGAGUUGAAGUUAACGACGAACCCAGAUUUUCUUUCACCAGUCAGCGCCAUCACAACCAUAUUCAACAAGCCGCUCCUGACAGCCCACGUCCUGGCAACGAUCAAGGGCUCUUCAUAGUCGACGACGAUGAUUCUCAAGAACGACAUGGCCCAAGUACUCCGCCAAAAAACAAUGUUCCCAAACCAGACAGGCAGGCUACGCUCCAGACGAAGCCACAUGCGAAGUCCUCCAGAAACAUAGCACCUGGGGACAGUGACGACGAUAGUGAUGAUGAGCCGCGCUUUCAAUUUCAAUCUAGGAGGAAUUUGUAG